AUGGAUUGUCAUAGUUGCCUAAAGUUUAAUUAAAAGAGACUUGUUUUUGUCUGAAAUGUUUUAAAUGAAGGAUUUUCAUAUCAUGGGUUUUGUGUGAUGACAAAAAAUCUGGACGAGAAACACAUUGAUAUCUUGGGACAGGGCUCGCAUUAAAGGCUAACCGCGACCAACAAAUCCAUCAAAAUGAACUCCAAUAAAAAGGAUUAUCAAAAAGAUGCAAUGCAUACAGAAGAAUACGAAGCGGGGUUUGAAAUUCCUGAAGAUAUAGAGAACGACACGAAAUGCGGACUGGGUUCAUUUAAGCCAGAGUCAUUACAGGUAUUUGCCAGGAUCGGAGCCUUUGUUGGCCUGUACAGCUUCUCUGGCCUGCUGACACAGACUUUGACAACUUAUGUUAACUCACAGGUUUCAAUGCUGGAGAAACAGUUUGGCUUCAGCAGUGCAGAGACCGGAUUUUUGAUGAGCUGCAACGACAUUGGAUUUCUUCUCUGUGUUGUUUUUGCGGGUUACAUCGCAAGAAAGGUUCAUAUUCCUCGCGGUCUUGGAACAAGCACCAUAUUAUUCGGUGUAUGUGGUUUGAUGUGUGCCUUGCCCUACUUUAUCAGCGACAGAAGCACCUAUGCCUUAUCCGACCGCCAACCUAUGCAAGAUUCAAACAUGUCCGUGAAAUCAGUUGUAUCCAGUAGCAGCAUGGUACCGCUUUGUCUUAACAGCAGUGGGGACAGCAACUAUGAUGCUCGCUGUGACUCACAGUCGUCAACCGCCGAAAGAACUGCUGGGCUACAAGAGUUAUACAUUAAGAAAGUGGCCUUUACUUUGAUCGCCGUUGGAAUGUUUUUGCAAGGAGUAGGGAAAUCAUGUCGUUACCCUUUCGUAUCCAUAUAUAUUGACGAUGCUGUUGAAAAGCGGAAGACUGGUUUUUAUAUGGGAAUUCUAGUUGGAACAGGAAUUUUCGGACCAGCCCUCGCGUACCUGCUUGGCGGACUGUUCAGCAAGAUAUAUGUCACCUUGGAAUCUGUUGACAUAACGCCACGUGACCCUCGAUGGAUUGGAGCGUGGUGGCUGGGCUUUCUCGUGUUUGGCGGCUUUUCACUCCUAUUCAGUGUCCCAAUCAUGUGUUUCCCGCGCUAUUUGAAGUCCCAUAAACGACGUGGGGAUUUACACGUCAUUGCCAAAGAGAAGGCGUUGCAGAAGUUGGAAAAUAACUCUACCAGAGAGACAGUUGUAAAGGAAGUCAAAGAAUUCCUUGCCGCUGUUCUACGCCUCCUCAAGAACCCGACUUAUGUCAUACUAUCAUUAUCUUCGGUUGUUAACCUAGUGGGUGUAGCUGGUGUGCUCUCGUUCAUGCCAAAAUACCUGGCCUCCCAGUACAGCGUCCCUCUCUGGCAGGCGAAUAUAAUUUUAGCUUUGAGUAGCAUAUCAGCUGUUUCUCUGGGGUCGUUCUUGGGUGGGAUUAUUACCCGCCGUAUUCCGAUGACUCCACUGACCACGAUCAAAAUGCUUCUCAUCUUCUACGCCGUGAACAUUGUGUGCAGUGCCAGUGGCUUCUUCCUAGGAUGUAAGCAACCGGUGGUGUUCGGUGACAAUGCCCAAAUAUCAAGCCUCGUACCUCCUCCGUACAAACUAGUCCCUUCCCCCUGCAUGAGUGGGUGUGAGUGCAACGACCAGAAAUAUUUCCCAAUCUGCGGACAGGAUGGGAGGUCGUACUUUAGCCCCUGUCAUGCGGGAUGCUCCGUCAAGGAUAAAGGCUCGUUUACUAACUGCACAUGUAUUGAGGGAGGCCAGGCGGAGUCGGGCCUGUGUGACCAAGGAUGUUCUACCAACCUGUACGUGUACGCGGCCUUUACCUUCGUCGGCAAACUGUUCACAGCCUUUAAGAUUAUACCCACCUUCAUUGCUAAGCUCAGGUGUGUAGAGGAACGAGACAGAGCUGUAUCUUCAGCCUUCGCCGGAUUUUUGACAGCGGCCCUAGGGUGGAUGCCAGGGCCUGUUAUAUUUGGCGCCAUAAUUGACGGCACGUGCAAAUUAUGGAAGUACACGUGUGGAGAACGCCAAUCGUGCUUGCUGUACGAUAUUGUCUUCUUCCGGAACGCCGUCCAUGGCUACGGCCUCGUGGCGUCUGCCCUGGCAAUGAUCAUCUUGUCGUCAUUAAUUUUCUACUUCCGGUACAAGGGUCAUGAUGAUUGGGGAGAUGGAAUGAGGAGGGAGAUUGAAAAGCGAGAGGUCAAACUCGAUGUUCAGGGCAAGAAGAAUGGAAAUGAAAAUGAAAAUAUAUUUGCCCAGGGGAAAGACGUUGAAAAAGACACGCUUGUAGAGGGUGGAAAUUAAAUUUAAAAAACUGACACGAAAAUGUGAAUGUGAACUAAGACUGAAUUACUUGUUUUGUAAAACGUAUUAGGAAUACAUAUGUAAUCUGGGCACAGCUCCGCAAUUUUGACUGUUUAAAUAUGAUUCCUGUUACCAUCUUCUUUGCUCGAAUUCACAUAAAAGGCAUUAAUUGAACAGGGUUUCAAAUGCAAGAAAAAUGCCAUUUAGUAUUGGUUGAGUCUACCAAGGAGACUUUGUACAAAGUUUUCUGAUACUCUUUCUAAUGUUUAUUUUUUAAGGUUAUCUCCAACACCUUGUGAUAACCAUACAUCAGAUAAACACGAACAAAUUUGAACACAUUUAAGUUGUUUAGCGCAGUUGUAUCUGCUGUAAGGACUUUCAAUAUCGUCGAACAUGAGUUUGUAAAAAAUAUUUAAAUAAUUAUGUUUCGGAGUGAAAAUAACAUGGAGUUAAUAUUUAAUUAUGUUAAUUGUGCUUAUUCGGAUUCGAACGUCGUCAUAACAUUGUAAAUAUUGUUUCGUAACCAUCACACUUAGGUUAUGCUUACGUCUAGUAUUUAACUCUAUUUUAUUUACAUAUAUACAUAUAAUAUUUAUUCAUAAAAUUUAAUUGUUAACAAAGUACAUGUUUGAUUUGUCAUAUGAUGUUUCUUUCUUCGUGACAAGCAUAAUUUAAAUAUUUAGCUUAACGCUUGUUUGUCCAUCCUCAAUGUCAGUUUAAAUACUAUUUGAUACAGAUUUAAUGUGUAAAAUACUGAUUAUUAAAAAGUAAAUAGUGAUCAUAAUAUAUAUGUCGUGUCUCACAUUCAUACCUUUUGUGUUAUAAUUGUAUAUAUGUAUCAAUAAUAAUUGAAAUAUAUUUUGAUCAUGUAAUGAGGUAUACGAUUGUGUUCAAAUUACUUAAUAAAUGUGUU